CGGGACUUCCCCUCCUUUUUCCUCUCUCGCAAGCUACAGCCCUCGCCUCUUCCACCGGGAGAGCAAGAGAGAGCGGGGCUUUGUUUUCCAAUCAGCAAAGGAUUAUUCCUCCAGCAACUCUUUUUUUACACCAUACAAGAUUUGUUCUUCACAGAAACCAGCCCCUUCUUUUGCCGUGGGAGAUGUGCUUUUGUGCUGCAAACCUGCAAGUUUGGAAAAUGAUUUUGGAAGAGGAUAUACCCUUUUUAAAACUGCAGUGGUGCAGCGCCAACCAGUCCCUGAAGAAGAUCUGGCACCAGGAAAAACAAAAGUAGAACUUUGUAAAAGGAUCCAGUGUUGGAGACAAUCUACAGUGACUUGGCUAAACCAUGUCAUGGUGCCUUUAGUUCCUAGAGGCUGGUUGGGAGGAGCAAGGGAGUGGCAGCUUGACCACACACUGACAAACUAAAUGAAAUUUGCAAGGCUUUCAGUGUAACAGAAAGCAAAUCUGUGAUCGGCAAAAGCACCUAGCAACCUGCUUGGUGUUCAUUCUUAUUUUUGGUGGAUUUCUGUUUUGCUUGCUGUUCCAGUGAUUGAGGGACAUUGGCGUUAAAAAUGUGAUAUUUUGUCGUUUUUUAUUCCUUGGACAUAGACAUCGUCAUCCUCUCGUCCCAUCCCCUUGCGGGCUGUUAUUUCUUUGGAUAUUAAGCAUCUCCGUUUGCUCUUGUCCAAACACAGCCCUCAUUCUUUCAAUACAGCUUUUCCCCCGGACCCUCAUGAGCUCAUGCUUCCUAAAUGGGGGACCGGGAGGGAGAAAUGUGAUCCUCUGUUUUGCGGUGUGUUUUGGGCAGCAGCAACAGUGUGGUUUCCAUGGAAAAGGCCAGAGAAAUAUGACGCUGAGGGGCUGCGCGAAUGCUCUACCCCUAUGUCUCCGGUCCAAGUGAAAUCAAAGCCAGCUAGCGUAGCACUGCAAGCUCCGCCCUGGAAUUCCUUGUUCAGACUCUUCUCAUGUGUAGCCACAAGGAGCGUGCACAGGACUAAAGAGGUCCCCACAUUUCAAGAGCAGACGAAAGCCUUAUUUGGAAAUCUUAUGGACGAAGAAAUGAGUCGCCAGACUGCCACCGCGCUGCCCACAGGAACCUCCAAGUGCCCCCCCUCCCAGCGCGUGCCCACCCUGUCAGGCACCACCGCCUCCAACAGUGACCUGGCAAGCCUGUUUGAGUGCCCUGUCUGCUUCGACUAUGUCCUCCCCCCCAUCCUGCAGUGCCAGUCUGGACACCUGGUAUGUUCCAACUGCCGGCCCAAGCUCACCUGCUGCCCCACCUGUCGAGGGCCCCUGGGCUCCAUCAGGAACCUGGCCAUGGAGAAGGUGGCUAACUCGGUCCUCUUCCCCUGCAAGUACGCCUCGUCGGGCUGCGAAGUCACCCUGCCUCACACCGACAAGACGGAGCACGAAGAGCUGUGCGAGUUUCGGCCGUACUCCUGCCCCUGCCCCGGCGCCUCAUGCAAGUGGCAGGGCUCCCUGGACGCCGUCAUGCCUCACCUGAUGCACCAGCACAAGUCCAUCACCACGCUGCAGGGGGAGGACAUUGUGUUCCUGGCCACGGACAUCAACCUGCCGGGCGCGGUGGACUGGGUAAUGAUGCAGUCCUGCUUCGGCUUCCACUUCAUGCUGGUGCUGGAGAAGCAGGAGAAGUACGACGGCCACCAGCAGUUCUUCGCCAUCGUGCAGCUCAUCGGGACCCGCAAGCAGGCGGAGAACUUCGCCUACCGGCUGGAGCUCAACGGGCACCGGCGCCGCCUCACUUGGGAGGCCACGCCGCGCUCGAUCCACGAGGGCAUCGCCACGGCCAUCAUGAACAGCGACUGCCUGGUGUUCGACACGUCCAUCGCACAGCUGUUCGCCGAGAACGGCAACCUGGGCAUCAACGUCACCAUCUCCAUGUGCUAAAGAAACUUUCAAGAGAAGAGAGUCAAAAAAGUUACAGAUUGUCAAGGGGGGGCAUUUUUUCGGGGGUCAAAUCCGUUGUGACCUCACAGCGCGCCCCCCCCCCCUUCUCUGCCUCACCCCUUGAGACGUGGAACUGGACUGUCUGAUCGGGCAGCCGUUGGAGGCCCAGGGGGUGGGAUGGAUGGAUGGAUGGAUGAAUGGAUGAGUGUAGGAAUGAAUCAACACAAGGACAUAACUGUGUAGUGAUGGCUAUAGACGUCUAAACACACACACAUAUAUAUGUGAGACUCAUGCACGCACAUGCAGUCUCGCCCUUUCUUGGUCAUAAAAACACAGGACACAAACUGAAAAAGCUGUUCAGUCAAACUAGCUCGUCAAACUCUUCGUCUCUUCACACACCACUCUUAUUUUUAGUGUCUCUUUUCUUCUCUUCCCUCCGUCAUCCUCAGACAUUUCAGACACUACAGCUCUCCGACCUUCGCUCUGAGACGCUGGAGGCCGGUCACCACCGAGCAGCCCGCGAGAACCUGACAGCUACACACCGAGGAAGCUAUAUUUCAAAACGGACUCCCUGCCAGUGCUAGCCAGCUAUCUAGCUCCCACUUCCCUCAUUCCCUGCUGUUUGUAAUCCACCUCAGCACCCCUCAGACCUCCUGGAUUGUACGGUUUACGACCGUGGCUGGGUUUCACCACAGUGGGCGUCUUCGUGUAUUAGCUAAGAUCCGACUGGAACCCAGGAGCCCGCGAAGUUCCUGGGUAUUUAUCUUCACCUGUGACUGACGUGGCUAUCGACUGGAACUGUCACCCACAGACAUGGAUGGCUGUAGCACCCAGGACGGCAGUCAGGUCUAUUGAACAUCCGUACAGGCUCAUCUGGUUUUCCUUCCGGCCCACAUCUGGUCCACACCAGUCCACCCAAGGCUAAAGAUUGUGCAUCGGAAGCUCCUUGAAUAGUUGACUGUCGUCGUUGAUAGUUAUUAGAACAGACUCUGCUCUCAUACUGUAUGGAUUUAGGAAAGCUACAUCAGCCCUGGAUUUUUUUUUUUUUUAUUAUUAUUAUUAUUAUUAUUAUUAUUAUUAUUUUCACAGUGGAGUUCUCUCACACACACAAAACACACACCUGUUCCUUGCAUUAUAGGCCGUGUGUGCAGGUGUAAUAGCGGAUGAGUUGAGUGCGUGUCGGAGCGUUUUUUGACAGAAGAUUUGAGGGGGAUCUUUUUGUUUGUUUUUCAAAACGAGGAAAAAAAACACACACUGCAUUUCAGUUUUCUUUUUGGGUUUAUUUUUUUAAGUCUGUUGUUUCUUUUUAAUUAUUUUAGUUGUCUUUUUUGUAUGAGAGGAGAGAAGAACUCCUGAUAUGUAUGUAUAUGUGUAUGUAUGUAUGUAUGUAUGUAUGUGUGUGUGUGUGUGUGUGUGUGUGUGUGUGUGUGUGUGUGUGUGUGCAAGAUGGACAUGUGGCAAAAAGCCUGCUCACUUUCUCCCUUCUUCUCCACUCUCCUUUCAUUUCUUCUCUGUCUGCCAGUGUCGGCCUCAACCACUGAUUGACUGAUCACCCAACCAGGAAUGAGGGACAGUUUCUACCGUUACAAUGUUGCUAUUGUUAUUAUUAAAUGGAGAUUAUCAUAAUUAUCAUUUUUUGUAAUGACUUUUAAAAACAAAAAUUAAAAGGCAGUUGUAAAACUUGUGGCUAAACUUCAGUGUUUGUAGUUAAAAAGCAAGUUGUGUCGUUCUUCUGAAGGUUUGUGUGUGCACCCCCCGAGUUGGAUUGUUUUUCCUCAUCUAUUCGUCUCUCCGUCCUCUUGUUUGUGUGGUAAGUCUUUUCUUUUUUUUGUCUAUGAGGAGGGAGGGAGGUCAAGCCAAUCAUCUCUCCCUUUCUCUUCAUGUGGAGUCUCAGUAAUGUUGCUGCUCUCCCUCAACUCCUUUACUUUUUUUCUGUUUUAAUUUGUCAUUAAAUAAAUCUAUCUUUUUCAUA